AUGGCCCCCCGCGCCCCAGACGCCCCCCCUGGCCGCCGCAGCAGCGGCGGCAGCGGCACCAGCAGACGCAGCAGCAACAACAACAACAACAACAACAACCCCAGCAAAGAGGAGAAGAAGGUCCUCAAACGCAAGCGUUUAUGUUAUUAUUGCGGUUUGCCCGGCCAUAUCAAGCGGGACUGUCCUCCAUAUCAUCGCUACUUGGCUCAAUGCGAGCUUGGAAGGCAGAUAGCGGAACGACAAUACCAAGAGCGCCAGCAGCGGCGGCAGCAGCAGCAACAGCAGCAACAGCAACAGCAGCAGCAGCAGGAACAGGAGCAGGAGCAGCAGGAGAAGCAGCAGCAGCAGCAGCAGCAGUAG